AAUUCCACUGCCUGAAAUAAAAAAAGAAAAGCUUCGAAAUAAGCUACCGUCUACCACCCGCGAACAAACGUACUAUAAGUGGAACGUGUUUGCCCCUGUUGAACCUGACGUAACUCAAAUCGAGUUCACCGUGCGUGGUGGAAACAACAGUAGGUAUAUACGCGGCCCAGACUAUCAGUAG